CUUUUCUAGUUUACGUUGAUCAUUGAAGCAAACUCCACAGGUGAUGGAAGGCUCACUACAUGAAGAGACUCGGCCAUGGUAUUAUCAACAAGUGUAUGCAAGAUACUGGAAGCAUUACAACCAAGCCAUGCACUGGAUGUACAAGCACAAAAAUGCCUAUAGGAAAGCCAUGGAGUCCUUUUAUCAUCUGUCAUGGAGUCCACCCGAAACCUUUCCUACUAGCCGUUAUUCAGAUUGGGAUGGAGGCAACCCAUCAGAUGCUGACAACUAUUCUCCAUACGCUCCAAACAGCAGAAUGCGUUACCCUUCCUGGUCCCAGCAAUACCCAGGUGCCCACUGUAGAUCCGGAGUGAGCCAGGAAAUGGGCAGAGAUUCUGAAAUGGAGAACGAUUCUGAGUCUGAAGAGGAGAUAGAGUGCGACCUGAGCAACAUGGAGAUCACAGAGGAGCUCCGCCAGUAUUUUGCACAGACAGAGAGGCACAGGCAGGAGUUACGAAAGCAGCAACAGAUGGAAGCUGAGCACCAGGAGAUGUAUGUUGAAGCUGAUCAUGACCUGCACCUAAGAACACGACGUUCAGUACAGCCCCCUGCAGAAAGACCUGGAGAGAGACGAAUGGCUGAAAUGAAGAAACUCUAUGGUGUGGGUGCUGCCAAAAUCCAAGCCAUGGAAACUGCUAUGCAACUUGCCUUUGAUAGAAACUGUGAUAAAAAACAGCCCAAGUACUGGCCGGUUAUCCCUCUUAAACUGUGAGCUGUCUCAUCUUCAGUACUAGCAGUCAAGCGCUGCUGCUGUGGGUAUCCAAUGAAGUUACACAGCUCAAUGAAUGAAUCAGGGAUUAUUACUUGUACUCUUUCCUCCCUCUCCCCUCCCCCCCUUCAAAGCAUACUACUCCUCUUUUUUUAAUCUGUCUGCCAGAGUUUUCAGAACUUAUAGUCUCUCCACAGGGCAAUACUAAAUUUCUGAUUUGUACUAUACAGAUAGGGACAUUUUACUUCUUUUAAAAUAUGUUUUCCGUAAUUUAACAUUGGUCUGUUUUGGCCAUGCUUUCAGGAAAUGGAACAGCAUUUGUUUUCACUUACUGAGCUGGGAAGACUGUUCAGCAACGUAAAAAUAAAAGUUAUGAAAUCUC